GCCAGUCACACAGUCUCUCUCUCUCUCUCUCUCUCUGCUGUUUCCAUUCAACAUGCACAGGCAGUCCCUGGGCUCACCAGCUUCGAAGCUCCACAUUAAUGGGGUGAAAGAAGACAGCCUCUCAACCGAUGAGCAGAAGCGGAAGGACCAAGCGUCUUCAUCACUAAUCGACGAUGACGAAGAAGAGCUCAAGUCACAGAAGAAGCCUCACAAGUCUCCUGAGAGAUAUAUACACUUCAUUCCCAUUCUUACCGUCCUCUGCUUCCUCAUCCUCUACCUCUCUUCUCACGAUCCUUCUCAGAGAGAUUUGGCUCAGUUCAGCGGAUUUAAGCGAUUGUCGGAGCCUAUAGAUUUGAGAGAGAUUGACGAGUUCGGAAAGUUUUCGGAGGUUCAGAGAAGCGAUGUUUUGGCGAUUCGAAGCCUGAGGAACCUGCGGGAGAUCAAUACGCAAGCUCUAAAACAUCGACUCCAUCGAAAAAUCGGCGAUUUCUAGUCCGCAUUAUCUGGUUCCUCGCUUUUCCUUCCUCUUGUAUCUAUAUUAUUGCAUCUCUCAUCGUCUUGAGUCCACGGUUACGAGUUACGACUCCGUCGGUGGAGCUCACACGUGCGUACUCGUUCUGCCAAUUUUUUUUACCACGCGUGUACACGUCAUGUGCAUGUGAAUUUAUUGUUUUUUUUUGUAAAAAUAUUUCCAUUUGCAGUGAAAAUACUUUAUAAAUUAAUAAAAUAACAAAAUAAAUAGAAGAAUUAGUUUGUUGAAAUGGAUACAGUAAUGGUGGAGGUUGCUAACGUGCGCCUUGUUUGGGGCUUUGUAUGCCGGAGCCAGUUUUGUUGGAUUACAGCUGGAAAGUUUGGACCGUUACUGCAACCUCGUGUUGCGGUUGAAAUUGCCAGCUGGAGGAGGAGACAGUCCUGACUCCUGAUGCAAAUGCUAUUGGCUGGCUCUUUCGGUCUUUCCCCAUUAACUUCUUCGGUACGUGGUCCUCCUGCAGUUGUACUCGGACUGCAGCUUUUUUACAUCAUGUGAAAGCCUUGUGAUUGCGGUGCUGGGUGUAGAAAUGUGGUUAGCCUAAAGUUUUUUUUUUUUUUAAUAUUCCAACCGUUUUGGUGGAUUAAUAUUACGUACUGAAUUAAUAUUAAACUUUAAUGUAAAGUCGUUUUUUCACACAAAAGUAGAUCUAUUGGCG